GGGCUAUGUCGAUAAGCUUGAUGAUAUGUUGGAUCUAAUUUUGAAACAGCUACUGAAUAACAGGGUUGCUGAUUACAAGAUUGGAAUCAGAAAAGAAUCGUAUUUUCCAUUAAACAGGACACUCUGCUACUUACUAUUAUGUCUUGUAGUCUUGGUAAAUGGUUUGCCUUGUCUCUGCCACGAUAACAUGUUUGAUGUGAAAGCUUUAUAUGUUGGGAAGGAACUGUGGAGAGAAACUCUGCCAUUGCAAUCGGGUUCUCGCGUUUACAAGUUACAAGGACUGAAGUCGAAUUCCUGGUAUGAAGUGAAGAUAUCAUACCCUGCUUCUAUACCAGCUCGGGUCUCGCUGCAACUACUAAAGAACCAUGAAAUGGAAUUGAAGCUAAACCAAAUGAGGAGAUUACUAAACACUGAGAAGCUGAUCUUCAAGGCAGAAAGUCUCAAAGAAGUUAACAAUAAGGCUGGAUUGAAUGUUUUGGUGACCUUGGAACCCGAGGGGAUUGUGGCAAUACCAAAUUCUAGAGAAAGAUAUUUUAUCAUUUACAACAUAGUUUGUGAAGAACAACUCAUGGGGAUACCUUAUUCAAGCUGGUCAGUGGUUCUGUUAGUAGCUUUGUGUCUCGUGGUGUCGUUCAUAGUUCCUCGAUCUUUACCAUCGUCUCUUCUUACAAAAGAUCAAGGUUUACGUUCUUCUCAUCGCAGCCAUGGGAAAGAUUCUUGAGGUCAUACAUGUUUCUUACUGCUAUAUGUCUUGUCCAUUAUCUAUUCAUCAUUUUUAUCAUAUCUAGUGUUCUUUUGUUUUUAAUUUUUAGGUUAAGAAGAAAACUCCAAUUUUAGUACAAAC